AUGUCCUUCGGCUUCGGCGUCGGCGACUUUCUUGCCGUUUCUCAGCUCGCCUGGAAUCUCUAUCGUUACUGCUAUGUCGUCGCAAGGGGAGCUCCUCAGGAGUUCCAGUUACUUCUUCAGGAGAUUACUACACUAUCUCAAUCGAUCAAGCUCCUAGAGCUUGAAGCCCAAGAUCCAAAUUCGACUCUAGCCCGCUCCGGUGAAGACCGUAUUCUUAUGGUGAAGGAAAUGAUGAGCCGGGUGGAGGUGACACUCAAGGAGCUUGAGAAACAUGCGAAGAAGUAUGAGAAGUUGGGAGAGUCUUCACGUUCAAAAGUCUGA